AAGUGUUACAAACAAUACGAUUGAAAACAUUGUGUGACGUAAGGAGUGGCGAGUGUUUUGUUGACAACUGUUGUGACACAUCCCGUGUCAGAGAGACCUCAAUCUCAUUGAACAUCUCAUCCCAAACUCCUAUUCAAAUGUAUUGUCCAUUCGUUGCACACAAUCGCAUGCAUUGGGCCGUAGUUUGAGUCGUGAGUGUCUCUCGCAUACCAUACCAUACAAUACAUACUACUCUCGCUAUACGUAACGCCACACAACAUAUGGACAACUAUUGGUUUACAUAGUGCUGGUAACACAAGUGGUUAAUAAUUAAUAAUAAUAACUAAUACCUCGUGCGAAGAGCGAUGGCAAUGGACAGGGAUUACUACCGGGGCUUGUCGUCAGUAUUGGGCGGUUUUCUCAUACACUUAACGUUAGGCACGUUUUACACGUUGGGAAAUGUGAACACAUAUAUGACAUCAUAUAUCAGGCAUACUGUGGACCCGACGGCCACUUAUGCCAACUCUAUUUGGGUCAACGCGGCCUUCAUGUUAGGCCAGGGGUCGCUCAUGACUGUCGGCGGACUACUCGAGGUCAGACUCGGGCCCCGCUGGACGUGUCUCUUGGGAUCGAUUGUGUUCAGCGGAUCCAUAGCGUUGACGUAUCUGACGGUUCAGAUGGGAUUUGUAUACGUGGUGUUUAGCUAUGGCUUUCUGGCCAGUCUUGGAGUGGGCAUCGCAUACGUGGCUCCUCUCGCCGCCGGAAUGAAGUGGUUUCCGGAGCGUAAAGGUCUGGUGAAUGGGAUAACAGUUGGCGGGUAUGGUAUGGGGGCUCUGAUCUUCAAUCACGUUCAGACCGCAUACUUGAACCCAUUGAACGCGUCGCCCGACGCCGACGGCUUCUUCACCGACGAGACAAUCCUAUCGCGCGUUCCCUCACUGUUCGUAGUGUUGGGCGCCGUAUAUCUCAUUAUACAACUGAUAGCGUGUCUAUUGAUCUUCAGACCGCCGCAAUUCCCGGAUCAGAUCAUCUUCAAUGAGGGGAAGUUCCUGUUGAUUAAGUCGCCCUCAGAGUCGGUGCUGGAGUGCAGUUACAGCAGUUGCGACGAAGACUCGGGCGGUGGUGGCGGUGGGUCGCCAUCGGCUCCGGCCUCACACGCUCUCCAUAAGAUUGAUUUGUCGCCCAAAGAGGCGAUCCAUACGAACGAAUUCCUGCAGAUGUGGUUCAUGUUUGCGUUGAGUACACAAAGCGUUCAAUUCAUAAACACUAUGUAUAAGGCGUUCGGACAGGAGUUUAUUAAAGACGACCACUUUUUGGCAUUUGUCGGUUCCAUAGCGUCGGUAUUCAACGCCGGCGGACGUAUAAUAUGGGGUCAAUUGCUGGACAAGACAUCGUUCAAGACUACAUUCAUCAGCGUUUGCGCGCUUCUGUCGGCGCUAAUACUGACAUUUAUAAUCACUCAAUCAUUUCAGAGUAAACUCUUGUAUUUCAUUUGGGUUUCGGCCAUAUUUUUCACGUUUUCGGGCAUUUUUGUUAUCUUCCCGACGGCCACCGCACAGGUGUUCGGCAAAACAAACGCCGGCACUAUAUAUGGGCUCCUUUUUACGGCACCCGCGUUGUCCUCACUGGUGGGCGCACUGCUAUUCCAGAUAAUACAGAACGAGUUGGGAUGGUUUGGAUCAUUCUUCAUGGUCGCAGUGUUCACUAUAUUAGGUAUCGCUAGUAUAGGGAAAGGCGUUUUACAACAGCAGUCGUUGUGCAGCACUUGUAAGCCUCACAUCAGUAGUGGUCUAACACUGGCUUUGAGUCCAUUGAAACAGUUUAGCCGUACAUUAGUGAACACAACCGCAAUGGCAUUGCCCCGAGUCUUCUUCGACAUGACCGCCGAUGGACAGCCCGUCGGACGCAUUAUUAUGGAGGCAAAACCUACCGGUGCUCUGUCUCUACCGGUAGAUGAGGUGGAGGUGCAGUGGUUGACAGCGAACGGCACAACAGGUUUAGACAUUUGGCUGUCGUUAGGCAUGAGAUUAGAUACAGAGAAUGAGAAGCCACGGCGUCUCCACUCACGCCAUUUGCGAUCGGAUGUGACGCCGAAGACGGCCGAGAAUUUCCGCGCGUUGUGUACGGGAGAGAAGGGCUUCGGUUUCGGCGGUUCCACUUUCCAUCGGGUGAUCCCCAACUUCAUGUGUCAGGGCGGCGACUUCACCAACCAUAACGGCACCGGCGGUAAAUCCAUCUAUGGCGCCAAGUUUGCCGACGAGAACUUCACACUCAAACACACCGGACCCGGCAUUCUCUCGAUGGCCAACGCCGGUCCCAAUACGAAUGGCUCGCAAUUCUUCCUGACGACAGUGAAGACCUCUUGGCUCGACGGCAAACACGUGGUGUUUGGCUCUGUUGUCGAGGGUAUGGAUGUGGUCAAGAAGAUCGAGUCCUACGGCUCCCAAAGCGGCAAAACCAGCAAAAAGAUUGCGGUCGACAAGUCUGGCCAACUCUAACCCCACCGACUCAGGCGGCGGUCACUUGUCGUAUAUGAAUGAGCGCUCGGAACCAAUUCAUUACAGCAUAACUCUAAUUAUACCUCUAUUUUAAUGAUCAUUGAAUCCAAUCUUCAGCAACCAAUGAUCGCUUUCUUUGUUUUUCCCUCUAUUUUACAAGUCUUUACGGACCAUAAGAAUUGUCGCCCAAAUUGUGGAACCAAUUGAGUUGUUUUGUGAUUAUUUUAUACCAGAUUUUGUUCAGUUUAAUUAAUUGCAGAAUAAUUAUUGUGUUUUUACUAUUUUAAUAAUGAUUUUUAUAAAAUUUCUAUUUUCUUUUCCCUCUUUCCUUCAAUUGAUGUAAUUUCUUGAAUAUAAUGUGAGAACACUUUUCGCUCAUUCAUUACGCGUAUUAAAUAAAAUGUUUAGAAAAAUAUUGAA